AACAUGGCAAAUAUGGCGGAGCUCGUGUCGUUUCCCGCCAAGCCCUCACGGAGCUCUCGUAUGGCGCACCUCACUUAUAUAUCAGUAUAAAUUAAUCGUGUUUUUUUGUGGCUUUUCUCAAGUUUUUAGAUAAAAAUGGGGCAGUCAGAUGAUGUAGAAGACUCUACUUACAGUAGACAUCAAGAUUUGUGUCAGAAAUUGAAUAUGGAUGCAACUGCUGCAUCUGAAGCUUGGAAAUCUUAUGAGACUAUUCGACAAAAUUAUACUCUUGAGGGUGAUCAGUUACAUUGGAUAGGGUGUGCAUUAUAUGUAGCUUGCCGUAAGUCAUCUAUACCUACUGUUGGGAAGACUGGUACUAAUGUGGAAGGAAAUUGUGUUUCAUUGACACGUUUAUUACAAUUGUGUAAUCUUCCUUUGAUACAGUUUUUUACAAAAAGUAAAUCUUGGGCUGACAUGGCCAAUAUGUCGCAAGAUUUUCGUUCAAAGAUUGAGAAACUUGAAGGAAACUUUGCUGUGUCAAUGGUUAUAUUCAAAAAGUAUCAGCCAAUCUUUACUGACAUAUUUAAAGAUCCUGUAGAUGAUAUUUCACGGCCACCAAGAUCAAGGAGACACAAAGCAAUGCCAUGUACACCUGCAAGAGUAUUUGAAUUUUGUUGGACAUUAUUUAUUUGUAUAAAGGGUGCAUUUCCAGAUAUCUCUGAUGAUUUAGUUAAUUCUUACCAUCUUCUCCUAGUGUGUUGCGAUCUUAUAUAUAGCAAUGCUUUGUUGGCUAACAGGAAGGACCUAUUAAAUCCUAAUUUUCCUGGUUUACCAUCAAAUUUUAAUGAUGAAAAUUAUAUUCCACCACAGACAGCAAAUUGUAUUGUUAGCUUAUUAUGUGAACGUCAUGAAGCUAUUGCUGUUGAAGCUAAAGUAAUUAAGGAAUAUUAUCUGAAAAAUCAUAUUAAUAAAUUGUUCAAUGAAAGAGUUCUGCGUGGUGAUCAGACAAAUUUCUCUGGUAUUUUAGAAGCUUUAUAUUUUGAUGGAAAUAGCAAAGCUAUUAACAGAGUGUAUGAACAACAUGUACUAAGUGUUGGAGACUUUGAUGAAAGGAUUUUCUUAGCUGAUUGGAGAAGAGUGAGAUUAAAUGGAAUAUCAAGUUUGGAAAUUGUUGGAGAAGAUAUAACUUAUCAUGCUAAAUUAUCUAAACGUAUUUUCAUGAAAGGUCAUGAUGCCAGUAAUAACAUCGGUUCACCUACACAGAUGAUGAAUGUUGGUGAUCUACAUGAACAGUUUCAAAUGAAGAAAGAACAAUAUAGCGGACAGAUACAACACUUAGCUCCACCCACUCCAUUAACUGGACGCAGUUACCUCAGACCAAAAGAUAUUACUAAUGUGACACCAGUAUCCACUGCAACGCAGAGUGUAAUUCGACUCCAAGCUAUGUUAGCAGGUCAAACAUCACCGAGCGAAAAUUUGUUGCAAAUCUUAAAUAGUUGCUCUCAAGACGUAAAGACGCUCGUCGAGACGAAAGUCAAAGAGCUCGGAGAACUAUUUUGCGCCAACUACAACAAAAGUACAAACGCGAAUGAUACCACGUCAGAUUUUGGAAAGAUGAGACUUUAUUUGGGUCAAACCCUUUUUUAUAGACUUCUAGAAAUGAUUUUAAAUGACGAGAAACGCAAGAAACCAAAUUAUGACGUUACGAAUCUUCUCACGAAAGAAAUCUUUAUUCAGUGCUUAUUUGCUUGUUGCUUAGAGAUAGUCAUUUACUCAUAUAAAAGCAACGACAAAAUCUUCCCUUGGAUUUUGAAUGCCUUAAGUUUAGAUGCCUACUAUUUCUAUAAAGUGAUAGAAAUUAUAGUUAGAGCGGAAAAUCAAUUAUCACGCGAUGUUGUAAAGCAUUUGAAUCAAAUAGAGGAAAAGAUAUUAGAAUCGCUUGCAUGGCAAAGUGAUAGUCCUUUGUGGAGUGCCAUUCAAUCCACGCCUGAAGGUGUACCAAGCUGCGAAGAAGUUUCUUUACCAGGCAUGUUGGAAACUGUUGACCCAAAUAUUCCUGGACAACCCGUAUUGAGAAGAAUCGCUUUGGACCGUGGUACUCAUCACGAUGUUCAACAAAGCCCUAUUUCCUCUGCUUCAGAAAGAUUUCAGUCUCCUGUUGCAGCAUCUGGUGUAGCUAAGAAACGUCUAUUUCCUGACACUAGAAUUGGUGGACAAAGCGUCUUACGAGUGACAGGUCAAAGUGUUUUACCAUCAAAAGUUUUGACCAUUGAUGGCAAUUCAAGAAUACUUCUCUUACCUGAACAAAUUACAGUUCCAAGAUCAUCUAGUGUACAAUCUACAGGUACUCCGAUGCAAACUGUAGCAGUUAACAGAGAGCCAGCAAAACCAAAACGAACCGGUUCUGUCGCACUAUUUUUCAGGAAAUUCUAUAAUCUAGCUAGUGUACGCAUGCUAGAUUUAUGCGGUUCGUUAGAAAUAAUGGACAUCGAUUUAAAGAAGAAGAUAUGGACAAUCUUUGAGUACUCUAUUAAGGAACGAACAGAAUUAAUGAAGGACCGUCACUUAGAUCAAAUUUUAAUGUGUGCAAUUUACGUCAUAUGCAAGUUGGCAAAGAUGGAGAAGAAUUCGUUCACUGAAAUCAUGCGAUGUUACCGAUUACAACCACAAGCAGAAUCUCACAUAUAUAGAUCAGUACUUAUAGCUAAAACACCGUCCGGCGAAUUACAGAAGAAUAAUGAAGAGAUCGGGCAGAAAGAUGUAUCCGACAAAGAAACCAAUGCGGCACCUCCUACACCUACAAACAUGGCUGGGACUUCGCAGAACUUCGGAGAAGAAACACGUGGGGAUUUAAUUAAAUUUUACAAUACAGUAUACGUACCACAGGUGAAAGAAGUGGCGAAUAAGUUGGGACUAGCACGCGGAAGCGUAAUGAAUCUAUCAUUAAGUCCACUACCGAAAGGGAAACCUCCCGCGAGUUCACCGGUGAGACGUGUCACCAGUAGUAUUAUGACACGUACAUUAGAUCCGAAAGCUAUUUCUGCUUCUCCAGCACCACAACUUAGUUAUUGCUUUAGUCGUAGUCCUGCUAAGGAUUUGGAGGCUAUUAAUAAAAUGAUGAUUUCUGUCGACCCGAAAAGAUCUGUGGGCAAGCGACUUUUAACGGAUGAAACUGACGUGGAGAUGUCAGAUGGAGGACCAUCUCCGAUCAAAAAAACAACUACAUUUGUUGCGCGUAAAUUGGAAAACAUAAUUGGCGAACGACGUACGCAAAAUCAAUAAGAGAAUUUAAUUGAACGUUAAAAUAACUUAUUGAAAAUAUGGGUAAUGAAAGGAAAACUAUUUUUUUGAGACGUCGUUCUCAUUGAAUAAAAAAGAAUUAAUUAAAAAAUCAAACAAAUAGGAACAAUCAUUUUGAAGUCGAAUUUUUGUUUCUUGGCUGUGUGGCUUAAAAUAAAUGAAAUGUUCGCUCGAAAUGUUCUCAGGUAUGAUCAUGUUAGAAACAGAGAAAAAGGCCGUGUAAUAACUGAUCGUACGUAGGAAUAG